GUAAGAGUGGAAUAACCGGGAUGAAAGAUGGACUCACCGGUGUUUGAUCGAUAGGUUGUUCAUGCGAAGUGGGGGUGUAUUGAGUGGAAAAUUUUGAGUGAUUUGCGAGUAGAUUGUGGUGGUUUGUUGUGUUUUUUUUCUAUUUUUGUUUCAACAUUUUUCCAUACGACGUGAAAUUGGUGCAAAAAUCGAGCACUGUGAAGGCAGUAUGAUUGAGCAGCACGAGGAUACAGACGAAGACGACUUUGAGGGAUACUUUUUACAGCCCGUCAAUGGAUACAAUAUUGCUGAGAAAGUAAAGUCGGCAAAUCAGGAAUGGUUAUCCCUACCACGUCCACCGUCACCCCUGAGUUCUGCCGUGAGGGUGUCUUUUAGGCCAGUCCUGGAGGACUACGAGCCCGACUACUUCUCGCACGAUGGCGAGGAAGAGGAGGUGGAGGUGGAGUGUGAAGAGGAGGAAAUUGAGAGUAUUGUACCGGAGCAUGCGAGCUCUGAAGAGGAUGAAGAGCACGAAUCACCGGUACCGCCUGAAAUUGAAGAGAUCUGCGAUGACUUGGGGGACAUUGAACUGGAACCAAUUGAGGAGAUUGCAGUGAAAGUUCAGCCAAAGGCACCAGAACCUCCGCCACCACCACCACCACUUCCCCAACCACCUCCGGAAAAGCCACCAACUCCCAAAAGGAAAAUUGAGAGACUUCCAAGACAGUUCAGCGAAGCUCCUAGUGAACCCUGUACUGGUGUAGCCACUGUGAUCGUGCGUAAGCUAUCAGACUCCCCGAAGAAGCGUCAAAAGUCCUCCCCAAAGCAAGUUUCGCCAACAAGGAGAAAAUAUCGCGAAUGCUGCGAUCGUCGUGAUCGCUCUGAAGAUCGUCUUCCACGCUACAAUGGUCUCCGUUCGGUGUACGGACUAAGUCGAGAGCAACUAGAGACGCGUCAGAUGCGCCUUGAGCGGGAGAAAAGGCGUCAAGUGGAGCGUCUCAACAGCACUCUCGAUGAACAAUUUCGUCGGAAUGAGGCCAAUGAGGAGGCCUUUUCGCAGUGGCUGCGCAAGAAGAUGCAUCAAACACACAGCAGCACCAAGCAUCGCAACAUGUUUGACUACAAACCCCCAUUGAGGAGGAAGAAAAAACCCAGUUGAGGGGUUACUUUUGCUUUAUUUAUUUUCUUUUCAUCUUAUGUACAAAAGAGUUGCGGAUCAGUUUUUUUUCACAAAUUUUUGCAGGGAGCAAACUUUAUUGAAAUGUUUUGCAAUAACUCGGAAAUAGUAUACUAAUGUAUAUAAUUUAAGUCAUUUUUAUGCUUCUCUACAUUCUCAUUGCAAACCAACUGAAUUACAUGUAGGUAUAAUAGAAGAUUUGAAGGUUUGAGAUGGAUCUUCAGGAAAAAAAAUUAAACAUUUUGGUCUAAUUUAAUAAAAAUCUUUUUGCUUUUUUUAUUCAUUUUAUCCUUAAAAUUUCUGAAAUUACGAUUUAUUAAAAAAAAAUUAUUAAAAGGAGAGAUAAGUCUUUAAAAAAUUAGCAGGUACAUACUUUUAGACUACUUAGCAAAGACACAUUUGGACUACAAAUAUUUUCUGUAUUUUUUUUUCUAAUAAAACAAUUCUAGGAUUAUUUUUUAUUUAUUCUUAGAACUGUUUGAAUAAUAAGUACAACGAAUAUAAAAAAAUUAAAAAUGUUUUAGCCAACACAAUCGACCUUGUCUGUUAUUUAAAAUUUUUAAUUUUCAUGUCAUUUUGAAGGAUUUUCUGUCAAAUUUUGACAUUUCUCGUCGAAAAUUGUUUUUUUUUUGUAAAGUUCUCUUAAAAAUAUUUUCUAUUUCUUCCGUUUUGCUAGAAGUUAACUUUAUAGUUUUUUACAGCACAAAUGUGUCUAAAAUAAAAAAAUCUAAAAGUGUACUAAAUUUUAAAUUUGUUUGAUUUUUGGAUUAUUCUUCACGUAAUACUAAAAAUAAAUCUAAUAACUCCGUUCUGAGAAGUAAAUUAAAAAAAACCUAAUAACGAACCCACAAUUAUGACAUUUCUUGUCUAAAAUUGGCAAUUUUAUGAUUGUCAAAUUUUAACAUUCUUUCAUCGAAAAUUGACAAUUUUUUUAAUAGUUUUUGUAAAAAAUAUUUUCUUCUGUCUCUUGCUAAGACACAGAAUUAAAGUUAUACUUUUAUACCACAAAUGUGUCUUUGCUAAAAGGUCUAAAUGUACUAAAUUUUUAAAUCUGUUAAAUCUUACAAUUCUUUUUCACAAAAUACCAAAGAGAAAAUCCUUUUUCUUCAAAAUUAUAAGAAAUAAAAAGGAAAAAUAUAUUUCUGACCAAACAGGCCACUUUUGAUAUUUUUUGUCUAAAAUUGGUAAAAAUAGUGAAUGAAUUCACUUUAUUUGGACUUUAAAAAUUUUUUAUCAUGAAAAAUAGAUAUAUGAGGCCACGAGCCACAUUAAUCUGCCUUUAUGAAGAAGGAGAAGAAUAAUUAAUUCAGCUGAAUGUUGAAUUAAAAGCAGAUUUUCCCGAUUGCACGUCCUAUUUAUCGCACAUAUUUUGUAGUGUUUUCCACUGUGGCAAUGUUAGCUGGACAGGUGCAAACGGGAGUUUUUCAGAGUAUAAAGAGAAGCAAGAAUUUGUUGUGAAAGUGAUUUUUUUCGAAUGUUAAAAUCUAGGGUAGGUUUUAUCCUUCUUUUAUUUAAAAAAAAAAACUAUAAAUGCAUUUUUUCUUCUUCAAAAUCUUUUAAUUUGAAGAACCAUCUCAUGGGGAAAAAAAGAAUUUUUUACAUGAAUAAAAUUUUGUUCACUCAACAGGGUAUUUUACAUAAAAUAUUCAUUUUUUUUAUCAUGAAAAAUACAAAGAAUACAAAUUGCAUGAUACUUUACAUACAAAUGUACGUAAAAUGUAACCUAACUCACACACUCUUCUACGAACCACAUUAUUAAAUACAUUAUGGGGGAUGACCUUACAACGUAAAAAAAAAAUUCUUUAUACUUAAAGAAAGAAAGAAAAAAAGAAAUAAACUUGAUAGAUUCUUUUUCUUCAUUCUCAA